AUGAAUAAUAAUUUGGAUCAAUCAGCUGCUACUGGGGUUACGGAAUACAACAUUCCGCGCGAUGAAAAUGUAUUGGGAGGAAAUACAGCUAUUAAUCUAAAUAACUUUCCAUCUCUACCACCAAGUAGUCAAAGUUUUAAUGUUAAUAACUUUCCAAUUGUUAACACUAUUAUGACUACGGAAAGUGACCUACCAAAUGGUAGCAUGAGUCUAAAUGGCCCUCCUGUUUUUUUCAGUGAUGUCGCGUGUACAAUUCCGACAGGAAAUGCUAAUACUGCUGGGGCUGCAGAAGUUGGCUCCACAUCUAAUGAUACUCACGUACGUGGAAGUACUUCACCGCUUAGUCAAAUGAUCUUUGUUAGUAUGCCUUCAAAUAUCGGUCCAUAUGAAACUCAAAGCAACGGUGCAGAUGUUGGGUUCCAAGCACAAAACAGCAAUUUCAAUGCUAAUAGCAUUGAUGGGAGUAAUAUGAAUAUUGGUACGAAUGUUUAUGGAUUUCUCAUUGUUGGCUUAAGUUCGCUUCCCAUAUAUCAACAAAAUGAGUUUCAGUAUUCUACACAAAUAAUGUACAAUAUACAAAACAAUGCUCAGAUGGAUCCUAAUAAUCCCAAUAACAAUAUUCUGCAAUAUUAUCAGCCACCGCAAAUACUAGUUCCUGUUUUCCAACAUCAAACGCAAGUUCAAGAUAACUUACACCCUCAGUCGCAGUCACAAUUUUGGCGUCCAAAUCAAUAUCAUGUUGAACCUUAUUCUCAACAAGUGCAAAUGUUACAACAACAACCAACUCUACAAUCACAAAGUCAAUUUGAUUAUUUAUCUCCAAAUAUUCCAAACCAAUCAGAGUCCCAAUAUCAAAAUCAUCCUCAACUUCAUUCCCAACCACAAAGUCAACUGGAUUACUCAUUCUCAAAUGUUACAAACCAGUUCCAGUUUCAACCUGACUUUCAACAUUAUCAUCAAUCAAUACCACAACCAACUCUACAAUCACAAAUACAAUUUGAUUAUUUAUCUCCAAAUAACUCAAGUCAGUCAGAGUCCCAAUGUCAAAAUUGUCGUCCAGUACAUUUUCAAUUACAGACUCAACAGGAUCAUUCAUUCCCAAUUGUUACAGACCAGUCACAGUUUCAGCCGCAAGUGCAACAUAUGCGCCAAUCAAUACCGCAACUACAGUCACUUUUACAAUCACAAUCAGAAUUUGAUUAUUUAUCUCCAACUAUUUUAAACCAGCCAGAGUCUCAACGUCAAUAUCAAGAUUCCUCUCAAGUUUAUUCGCUAUUCCAACCACAAUUUAGUUAUUCGUCUCCAAACAUUACAAACCAUCCACAGUUGCAGCCUCCAGUUCAAAAUAUUCUUCAACCAAUGCUGCUGCAACCACUGCCCACUUUACCUCAAUCGCAAUCUCAAUUUGGUAAUUUAUAUUCAAAUGUUGGAAGCCAUGAGUACAACAAUAACAACACAAGUCGCGAGUUAUUUUAUAAUCAUAAUGCUGAACAAGAAACAUCACCAUCAUAUCCUAAUAUCUACUAUUUCAACGGAGGGAUGGAACAGCACAAUGGAGCAGCCAAUGAUAACGUUGGUGUCAAUAUUAAUGUAGAGCAUGACAUAGCCAAUCCUUAUAAUGUGAAUAAUGCUGAGUUGUCAUCAGAUAUUGAACCUACAAUCAAUUCACAUGCUUCCAUGGCUGCUCCCCGUAGUUAUUAUUUUAUGGGUUCGACUCAUCCACCAAAUAUGUCGGAUAUAAAUGAGUUUAACAAUAAUGGAAUGCCAUUUGGAACUGAUUCCGACUUGUUGCCGCGUGCUUACAUAGCACCUCAGCAUACUGACAAUGUAAUAGGUAAUUAUUCUCCACCAAAUGAGCGCCUCAGCGAUGUAUCGUCAACUCAGCAACAACCAACGUUAAUUGGCUACAUGACACCGGAAGGCUUCAUUACUGUUUGUGAUAUGAAUCCUUCUACUCACAAUUAAGGAAAUCUGUGUUGAUUAAAACUCUCCAUAAUGCAUAUGAAAUUUGAAGACUGAAAAUUUUUGUGGAGAAUUUAUA